GACUGUCGCGGUUGUGGCGCUUUGUCUCGCUCUGCUUGGCUCUGUUCCUCUCUGGAGAUCCGCCGCUUCCAAAAUUCGAACGGGCUACUUUUCCACAAUGUCUACGUUACCAAAGACGAGAGAAGAAUGGCAAGGCGCUCUCAACUCAUUACCUGAUACGGCUAAGAACGGGGGGGAAAUACCCGCCUUCUUCUUCGCCCAUGGCAGCCCGGUCCUCGCCUGGGAACGGAAAUGGGGAAUAUCGCCCCAAAUGAUGGACAUGUGGAAGGUCUCCGGCCAUGAGUCACCCCACGCACUGUUUUUACAAGACUUUGGCCGUGUUCUUCUACAACAAUAUAAGCCGAGAGCCAUUUUAGUUUUCAGUGCCCACUGGGAAACAAGCGGGACUCGUCUCGUAACAGACUAUGGUAACCAGAAUCCACUCUUGUUUGAUUACUUCGGAUUCCCAAGCGAGCUCUACCAAUUGAAAUUCAAAUCACAUGGUGACUCCCAAGUGACGGAUCAAAUUGUGAGUGCUCUCAAGAAAGCCGGCUACAACGCUCGUGCAAGCCCUGUAACCGAAUCGCGAGGGGAUGAUGGUCGAGGAUUCGAAGGCCCCGGACUUGAUCACGGAGUGUUCCUACCUUUCAGGCACAUGUUUGGCGAAGAGACGGAUGUGCCGAUUGUGCAAGCGAGCAUCGACUCCAACCUGUCUUCUGAGAGUGAGUGGAGGCUUGGUGAGGCUGUUGAAGCACUUCGCUCGGAUGGGAUCCUCAUCCUUUCGGGCGGCCUGACCAUCCACAACCUCCGCGAUUUCUCUAGCUUCGUUGAAUCGUCGGCUGCUCCUCCAUAUCAUGCGUGGGACAAGGCAGUGGACGACGCCAUCGCCUUCCAGUCGCCGAGAGAGCGGAAGAAAGCAUUGAUAGAUCUUGCGGCUCAUCCAGUUUAUCGAUUGGCUCAUCCACGCGCUGAGCAUUUUGUGCCUCUGUAUAUCGCGGCAGGCGCCGGGGAAAACGGCAAGUCAAAAGUUCUGCUGGCUUUGUUUGGCCUCAAGGCCGUAGCAUUUGGAUUAGAAUGAUGGAAAGUUUCAUUCUAUUGCUUCUUUUAAAGCGACAUGUGUGGUAGACGAGCCUAACAGCCGUUCUCGAAUAUACCUCGCUUGAUACGCC